AUGGAUGAAGUGAUCAGAACAGGCGAGGAUGGGCGUUCGGGCUUUCAUCUCGGAUUCGGAUCGCCGUGCUCUCUCAGGAAAAGAAGACCAGAUGAUAAUGAGGAUGACAACUACCGUCCCCCUCAUUCAAAGAGGACUAAGAAGGACCAGGACAUACAGGACCAUCAUGCUAUAGAGUCGACAAGCAGUGAUAAUGAAAGGAACCAAGGCAGCAUUAAUAACCCCAAUCGUGAGAGAGUACCAGAAAGCAGCUUAAACCCGAGUACUGCUGAACUAGACUCCAAUAUCCCUGGGUUCUCCCAAGAGGAGGAUUAUGAAGUGUGCCAAGACCAAGAUCCUUACUCACAUAUUAACAACAUCUUGAAGGAGGCUCAUUUCUACAGCCUCCAGCAGAGAGGACACUCUCCGACUUGAUGGCCUAGGCAUCCUCCUUUUUUGUAUAAAAAUCAAUGGCAUUCACGCAAAGCA